AUGUCGAACACGGCAGGGGAAAUCCAUGCCAGCGGUUCUGCUAGAGUUCAGAUUGGCGAUAACCACUACUACCCCGCACCUGCCGACCCUCAAACAACCGGCUCUCGAACUGGAGCUAAAAGCGACGACUUUUCCAUUACCUUUGGCAUUUCCAAUGUCGUUGCCAUCGAUAACUUUGUUACGAGAGAAGAUGAGCUCGCUCGGAUGCACGAGAAACUUAGCGGCCUCGACAUUCGUCGGCGCACUAUUAUUCUUCAAGGCCUAGGAGGAAUAGGUAAAACCCAGCUUACAGUCGAUUUCAUCAAGGUAGCUAAGCGAAUUCUACAGGAAUACCUAUUAGCCCACUAUCUAUCCCGCUCAGACGCGAUGGAGAGCUUAGAUAAGGUAGCCGAGGCCACGCUCGCUUGGCUAAGUCUCCGCGAAAACACGAAAUGGCUACAGAUUUCAUUUAACCAUGUUAAGAAGCGAAACCAGCUCUUAGCUAACCUUCUGCGGCUCUGGGCCUAUCUCGAUAAUCAGGACGUUUGGUGCUCGCGCGCUCUCUACGUCGACCAGGGCAAGCUCAAUAAGGCGGAGAAGAUAUAUAAGCGAGCGUUAGAUGGAUUUGAGAAGGUGUCAGACUAUAACCAUAUAUCGACGCUCGAAACCGACAAUAACUUAGGCGCUCUCUACGCCAACCAGGGCGCUCUCUACGCCAACCAGGGCAAGUUCGAUGAGGCGGAGAAGAUGUAUAAGCGAGCGCUUGGCGAGGUAGAGAAGAUGUAUAAGCGAGCGUUAGAUGGAAAAGAGAAGGUGUAUGGCUAUGACCAUAUAUCGACGCUCGACACAGUCGGUAACUUUGGUAACCUCUAUGCCUUCCAGGGUAGGCUUGAUAAGGCAGAGAAGAUGUAUAAGCGAGCGUUAGAUGGAAAAGAGAAGGUGUAUGGCUAUGACCACAUAUCGACACUCGACACAGUUAAUAACUUAGGCGCUCUCUACGCCAACCAGGGCAAGCUCGAUGACGCAGAGAAGAUAUAUAAGCGAGCGUUAGUUGGAAAAGAGAAGGUAUAUAGCUAUGACCACACAUCGACGCUCGACACAGUCUAUAACUUAGGCAAACUCUACGCUGACCAGGGCAAACUCGAUGAGGCGGAGAAGAUGCACAGGCGAGUACGUCUCGCCUACCAUGGCCUUCCUAGCCUGUCCGGCAAUGAAUUCGAACGGCUGGAGCAUCUCACGGCAUCGUUCGAGCCCUGCAACGGUAUUGCUUUCACCCUUCUUGCUUUCGGUACUACUAGCUAA